UGAAAGAAAUCGUAAUUUCUGAAAGCGAUUUACAAAUCAGAAAAUUGCAGUGCAAGCUGAAAUCACAUGAUCAGCAGCAACUAUUUAUUAAGUAGGGGCUUUCACUGAAUAAAUAAUAUACUUGUGUCAUUUAUUGAAUUAUUUUUUGGUGAUCUGACUCUGAUUGACCUGAAAAUCCAUUCGAUCCAAAUAUAGAAAGAUUAAAACAGCGAUGAGAUGGUCUGGUGGCCUCAGAUGUUUACUUCUUCUUGUUGCUAUUGCAUUCAUCUACACACAGGUGAGGCUGUUUAAGGCACAAUCUGAGUAUGCCGACAAAGUUGCAGCUGCGGUGGAAGGAGAAAAUCAUUGUACUAGCCAGAUGCAGUUACUUAUUAGUCAGAUAAGUAUGCAGCAGGAAAAGGUUGUCAGUUUGGAAGAGAAAGUGAGACGCCAAGAAGAGGAGUGUGAACAACUGAGGAUACUUGUUCAAAAUCUUGAAAGAAAAGGUGUUAAAAGCUUGUUUCAACAAGCUCAGGUGCCAGUGGCAGCUGUUGUUAUUAUGGCUUGCAACCGGGCUGACUAUCUAGAAAGGACCAUUAAUUCUAUCUUUAAGUAUCAUGGUUCCGUUGCAUCAAAGUUUCCUGUUUUUGUAUCCCAGGAUGGGUCAAAUUCUGAUGUUAGAACAAAGGCUUUGAGUUAUAAGGAGUUGACCUACAUGCAGCAUUUGGAUUAUGAACCUGUGCAUACUGAAAGGCCUGGAGAGUUAAUUGCAUAUUACAAGAUUGCACGUCACUACAAGUGGGCACUGGAUCAAUUGUUCUACAAACAUAAUUUUAAGCGGGUCAUUAUACUUGAAGAUGAUAUGGAGAUUGCUCCUGACUUUUUUACUUAUUUUGAGGCUGGAGCAGACCUCCUUGACAAAGAUAAGUCCAUCAUGGCUAUCUCUUCAUGGAACGACAAUGGGCAAAGGCAGUUUGUGCAUGAUCCUUAUGCAUUAUAUCGUUCAGAUUUUUUCUCCGGUCUUGGAUGGAUGCUAUCUAAACCUACAUGGGACGAGCUAUCUCCAAAAUGGCCAAAAGCUUACUGGGAUGACUGGCUACGGUUACAAGAAAAUCACAAAGGGCGUCAGUUUAUUCGUCCAGAAGUAUGCAGGACCUACAACUUUGGUGAGCAUGGUUCAAGUUUGGGCCAGUUCUUCAAUCAGUACCUUAGACCUAUUAGGCUAAAUGAUCUCUCGAUUGACUGGAAAUCGAUGAACUUGACCUACUUAAUGGAGGAUAAAUUUAUGAAGCAGUUUGCAGACCUGGUCAAAGGUGCAAAUCCUGUUUAUGGAAUAGAUUUUGUCCUGAAAAUAAAUAAUAUCAAUGGAGAUGUGCGUAUACAAUAUAGAGAUCAACAACAUUUUGAGGAAAUUGCUAGCCAGUUUGGCAUUUUUGAAGAAUGGAAGGACGGUAUACCCAGAACUGCAUAUAAGGGAGUAGUUGUUUUCCGGUACCAAUCCGUAAAGAGAGUAUUCCUGGUUGGGCCAGAUUCCUUGGAACAGCUAGGGAUCUGAAACUAUUAGUCUCUGAUGAAUUUCGAGCACAGGUCACGAGUCUAGCAGUCAGGUGAAAAGCUGGUAGAAACUGCAGAUCACAAGUGCAGCCUUCCUCGGGUGAAUUGCUGGAAAGCACAAUGAUAAACUGUACACCAAUCUUUAAGCCUUCUUGUAGACUAAUAGUGGAAACAAGCCAACACAUUUGAAGGAUCUUUGUAUCUUCAUAGAGGUUAGACAACCUUUCAUAUAUUUAUUUAAAAAAAGAAAACAGUUCAGUUACAAUUUUACAGUAGAACUUUUUUAUUCAACUUCAUGUCCAAAGAUGUUAGAGUUGGUACAUUUAAAGUACCAGUGAGUUACUAGCCUUACAAAUGGAUCUAGCCAUUUUGAAAUGCAUGACAUUAAUUUUUGACGCCA